AUGGCCAACGAGUAUCGGGAUGCACCGCGGUGUUCCGUCACGCUUCCCGUGCCUGGCACGAAGUUCCGCGCAAGUGUGGUGGAGGGUGUCAUUGAGGAAGUGUGUCGCUUGCUCGUGGGGGAGCGGCCCUACGUGUACGACGAGGUGCAGAUGUUAAUCAAGGAAGUAUGUAGCGAAAUACAGCAACGUGUCGUGCGACUCGGGUAUGAGCGGUACAAGUUUGUGACGCAUGUGACCAUCACAGAGGCUGCACAUCAAGGAAUUCGGAUUGUCUCGCGAGGGCUGUGGGAUCCUGUGACGGACGGCUACGCGACGUACACGCAUUCAACGGGAUCUAUGCACGUCAAUGUCGUUUUGUACGCGCUUUAUUGGGAAUAA